AAGUCGGAGCAUGUCGUAGUUUAAAAAUAAUGAACUGAAUUAAUUUAUUUUUGUUUGAACAUUUAUAACUGUCGUCAAACAAUGUUUGCUAAGUACCAUUCGUUAAAAAUUGGCGUAUGUAAACAAUGGGAAAUUGCUUCAGUUUACAAAUCACUAUAUUAUGCAUGUUGAACUGCUACAUAUUUUAAAAAGAUAAAAAGAAUAACAAUUUCGGAAAAAAAGUAGUAUCUUUUAUCUUGUAUUACAGUAAAACUUCAUUACUAUAGGUUUGAGUGAAUAUAUGUGUAUAUAUUUCACGUGUAAAAAAAAUGUCAACCGAAAAAAUGUAUACACAGGGUGAAGAAUUUUGUAAAUCGUUUACACUGAAAACUGGAUGGGAACUACCAAAUCAUAAUGAUAUGUUUACAAAACCUCAAUGGAAAUUAGAGGAUUAUCAAAAUUUAAAAACUGUCUUAAAUAGUACCAAACAAAAACUGAAUUUUUUUGAUUUAGAUCAAUGGCAUUCACAUACGACUAAAAUGAAUCCAGCAGGCCUAGUCAUAAAGCAUAUUAGACAUCACAUACGUCCUGAUUUUUUGACUCAGGCGUGGUGUAAAUUUUAUGAAAUCGCCUAUGGUUCGAAUUUGAUUCCACACAAUAUAAACGAUAGAAAUAUCGUUUCUACCGUGCAUCUGUGCGAAGCUCCUGGAGCUUUUGUGUCUUCGUUGAACCAUUACAUGGCAAUAAAUCAUGAAUGUUUGCGGUUAGAAUGGUUAGCGAUGACGUUGAAUCCCUAUCAUGAGUCCAACGGACAUCCCGACAUUGUCAGUGACGACCGAUUAAUACUGAAUACGUUGGAAAAUUGGGAGUUCGGGCCGGACUACACGGGCGAUAUAUUCCAAUCGGGAUAUUCUGAACAUUUGUUCUGCACGGUGCUGAAGAAAUUCGAUAGAAACGCAUGUUUGGUGACUGCGGACGGAAGCAUAGACUGCUCGGACGAUCCUGGUGAACAGGAGAACGUGGUGAUGCGCCUACACAACUACGAGACUAUGGUAGCGCUCAAUGUCUUGCGGGAGGGCGGUUCACUGGUGCUGAAAAUGUUUACUGUGUUCGAGUGCAACACAAUAUGUAGAAUGUAUUUGCUAUGUUGCUUGUUUAAAUCGGUUGUUGUUAAGAAACCGAUAACUAGCAAGCCUGGUAACUCAGAAGUUUAUGUGGUGUGCACGGGAUAUUUGGGCAGAACGUUAGCUUUACCGUUCAUACGGAUGUUCUUCUCGAAUGUUCAGCAGAAAAACGCUAUGUUCAUUCUGUCCCAAAUCCCAUGCGAAUUCCAAGUAGGUUUGCUCGAAUGUUCUACAUAUUUUUCAAAUUUGCAAAUUCAAGCCAUCGAAAGCAAUAUCGACGCCUUGUUGUUCAAGGAAGAACGUUAUUGCGAAAUGGAAUCUUUGCAGUGGUACGUGUGUAGAGAGUUUAUUAUCCGGUAUGGAUUACGGCCAAUCCGGUAUAAUCAAGAGCUAAUGACGAGGUGUUUUAAGUCCAAAGUCCGGAUCAAUGGUAUAAGACGUGGUAUAUCGUAUGCUGAAAAAAUACGUCUCCGUCACUUGGACUUGGAACAGGAAGCAGAUGCGUUGUAUCGAGAUAUUGUGAAAUGUGAUGAAUGGAAAAUGCCGUGUUUCCGUGGGGGCAAUAGUAAACAAUAUAUAAUCUGGGGCAAUAGUAAACAACUGAGCGUGCGUGCUUCGGACAUAUAUUUUCGCCUAGGAAAACCGGUAACUGUCGUUAAGGGAUCUAAAUUUUGCAGCGAGUCACUGUUACAUUAUAGAUUACGUGUUCUAUCAAAAUUUCCUCAAGUCGAGAACACGAUCGAUAUGGAUUCUCGGAGUUUUUAUUACAGGUUUAAGCUCGAGCGUCCUGACCUGACCGUUUGCGAUUUGACUGAAAUAUGUGCCCAAUAUCGAAUGGACAACGUCGAUCAACAAUAUUAUUGUUUGAAAGCAAUGCUUUUGGCGUUGCAGCAGGUUAAAAAAGACUUCCUGCUAAUCGGUUUUCCAUUGUACACUCAAAUGUCCGUCGCUUGUUUCUUUGCGGUGGCUAGUAUGUUUGAAACAUAUGGUCUGCUGAAACCUGACCAUCAGUAUGGUCACGCCUUUGUGUUUCUAAAGUAUAAAAAGCACGAAGGUUGGUUCAAUGCGUUAAGCAAAGCAAAUGAUUUCUUGUUACCUGCAGCUAAUAAAGAUUUAGCCUUAGUUUCGUGGGUACCAAUUAGGGUACUAUUAGAACAAAAAAUUUAUGCAGAUAUAGUGACCAUCAAUAACUUGUGUAUUAUACAUGAGAUUGAACCUAUUUUAUCUUCAUUUUUAAAUUCUGUUUCCUAGUACUAUAUGUUUAUUUGUAAUGAAGCUAUAUUUAUAACAUCAAAAAUGUUAUUUAUUUAUAUGUU